AUGGCUGAGGAAAAUAAGGGUAUAGUGCAUCGCUGCCUUGAGGAGUUGGGGCUCAAGUCUCUCUAUCACUCGAGUCGCGACAUCAAGUUGCUUUGUCUGCAGCGAUUUGUCCGACUUUUCGCCUAUGGCGCAUCAACAUUGGUUCUCGUUGCCUUUCUCGAAGGAUUGGGCCACUCCAAAACGAAGAUUGGCCUUUUCAUGACCCUCACUCUAUGGGGUGACGUCUGCAUCAGCUUCGUCCUCACACUCUUUGCCGACGGAUUAGGACGGAAAGCCAUCUUGGCUGUGGGCGCAGCGCUCAUGGCUGCAAGUGGAGUUAUCUUCGGCCUUUUCGGUAAUUAUUGGAUUUUACUGGCAGCAGCUGUAUUUGGAGUUAUCAGCCCUGCGGGAAAUGAGAUUGGACCGUUCCGAGCGAUCGAGGAGAGCGUGGUAGGCCACUUGACAUCCUCUGCGCACAGGAGCGACAUCUAUGCCUGGUACAGUCUUUUAGGUACCGCCGGCGCAGCAUUUGGCGUGAUGACCGGUGGCUGGGUGGUGCAUUAUUUGAUGACAAGUCGCCAUUGGGAGGAGCUCGAGGCAUAUCGUAUCAUCUUCUACGGCUAUGCCGCGCUAGGAGUAGUCAAGCUUCUGCUUGCGCUGAUGCUUAGUGGUGCAAUUGAGGCCGAAAAGAAACAGCAGAAGCUAUCGACUAGCAAUGCAGAGACAGCGCCACUUCUGGGCGAGAGUAACGCCGACGGUAACUCAGCUGCUGUAGCUGAACAGCCCGAGGUCGAGCCCAAACGAGGCAUUCGUGCUCUCCUACCCGAGAUCAGCAAGGAGAGCUGGAGUAUCUUGAUCAGUCUCUGCCUCUUAUUCGCAGUUGACUCAUUUGCUUCUGGUCUUGCCUCUCUGUGA